UCCACUCGUUGGUCCGGCGGUUCGUUUCUCGCGCCGAAUCUCCACCAAUGGCACUGUGGUGUUUUUCCCGCGCCGCGGAGGGCGCUGCAUUCGCCCGUCGCCCCACCCGCGGCGGGUAUUAAAGAGACCGACGGAAAGGGAGGUGAGAAUCCGAGAAGAUCGAGCGGGCGUGGCGCCGGGUAAAUAGCCGGAUGGAAGGCGAUUCGGCGGUGGUCAAACGGGGCCACCUCUACAUAAAGCGCCCGCCCAGAAAAUGUUGGGAUAAGCUGAAGGCCUGGCAUAAACGGUAUUUCGUUCUGCGAGACGAGACUCGGCUAUCCGAUCCUCGCCUGGAGAUGUACAACGGGAAGGAACCUGUCUCCUUCGGCUCCCGACGUCCCGAGAUGACCCUUGACUUGGGUGGUUGUCUGCACGUAGGAUACAGCUCCGAGUCCUCUAAAUUUCCCUACGCCCUGGUGCUGGUGUGCCGGGGCAAGUCUCCUCUUCUGUUGGCGGCCGAGGACGAGUUGGCCACCAGAUCCUGGUUGCUGGCCCUCAGCCUCAUCGCCCGCAAAGAGUAUGGAAAGGGUGUCUCCAAACAUCUGAUUCCUCGACGCGACCUCACUCCCGACGGGGACCAUUUUGCCGAGACCUCUUUCCCCGAUCGUGCGUGUAACGCUUGGCGAUCCGACGCCACCCGGAGUCGUCGGAAGGUGUCCACCUGCAGACUAGGAGAUCCCUUUCGGGUGACGGUCAAACACACCGAAGACAGCCGAAAAUCAGGCAUCGGAGGCGAAGUUCUGAUGAUAGUCUGUAGGCACGGGGUGGGACUGGCCAGGCUGGGCGAGACCGAAUGCUUCCUGAUGUGGCCCGUGGCCUACCUCAGACAGUUUCGGCACCAGAGCCUAGCGGGAGGGUGGUCCAGAUCCACUCUGGUCACGCUGGAGGUUGGCAGGAGGUGUUCUACCGGCGAGGGAGUCUUUCAAUUUAAGACGCAGAAGGGCCGCGAAAUAAUAGAGGUAUUAAAGAAAAUGGUGGAGUUAUGGUCAUCCAGAAAAGCCACGAGCGGAAGACGUCACUCCAAACAGGAACUGGAGACCACCACUCCGUUGAAAUCGGGCGAUUCCGAUCCUUGCAUCCCGUCUGUCUCCUUACCCGAUGCCUGGCAGAAGACCUGUCCGCCCGACCGGUCUUCCCGAGAAGACCUCAACUAUAUCGUUCCGGUCAUCGAACAUUCUCCCGUCUUGUCCAAGCGGAAGUCAUCGUGCGACGUCAUCAAAGGUCGCAUGCUACAUCCUCUGUCGGCUCAGGAAGGCAGUACCAGAAUCGGAAGGUCGCUGCCCACUACCCCCGAUUGCCUAUCGGUUAGGAAUUUAGGAGAAGGGGACUCUUCCGACUCGGAACCGGAAAAGACGGUAGCCAAAACGGAACCGGAAGACGAAGGUUACAUCGAAGUUCUUCCCACCGAUCCGCACUGUAAGGAGGAGAGGGAUUAACGCCUGGAAGAUCGUCAAACGCACAAAGGAGAAAUCCCACAGGACGAUCCGACGUCUUUUUUUUGAUGUUCGUAACCGAAUUAGUAACUGAUGUACAUAUGCUGAUUAUUUAUUGUUUAGUAAAAAUGUUUAUUUGUGUA